GCAGGUCCACACCCAAUGAAAAAUAUAGCCGAACGUAAAGAGCGCUAACCUGUCUUUCCUUUUCUGCUUUUGAGUCAAGUUGAAGUGACUGAUUUAGAAUUUAGUUGAUUUCUCAAAAUGGGGAACGUUGCUGGAAGUAUUGGAAGAUUUGCUUUAAAAAAGGCUCGUCGUUUUAACAUCGAGAGUCGAACUGACAAAUUUCUUGAGAGUAAUGUGAAAGUUGUAGCACCUAAGCCACUUGCCACUCAGAAAGAGAUAGAAAUUCUUAAUGCAGAAAAUCCUGACUUGAAGAGCGAGUUGAGUAAACCAAACCCUCAGCUCAUUAAUCGAUUAAAGGAUGUAUAUGUGUCUUCAACUGAUCCGCUACCGUUAGAAUCAAAUAUCAAAUCAAAUCCCGACAGACCCUUACCUGUUGCAAGAAAAUAUGAACCUGAGGACUAUGGUUAUGUAGAACCUGACUCUAUUCCUCCUGGUCAGUUAACACUACGUCAAGCUGUCCGUCUCCUUUCACUGUAUCAAUCGGAUAAGGAAACAAACAGUAUUGAAAAACUUGCUCUACAGUUUAAUCUUAAAGCAGAAGUUGUUGGACAUAUAGUUGAACAUUUUGGGCUGUACACAGUUCAUAGUGCAAGUAAGAUGAUGACGUGUUCAUUUGAUUCACAACCUGUGAUGCCAGUUCCUGAAGAUAAUUCAUUUGCACAUUAUGAAAGGUAUAAAGCUGAAAUGGAACAUCGUGAUGAAAUAAUUCGAGGAAAGGAGGGUCAGGAAGCUUCUAGUUCGGUAGAAAAGAAAUGACUCCUGUUUUUUGUUUAAAGUAAUUGUUAGUUACACAAGGAUUAAAUAAAUCUAGGUAUUACUUGUCA